AUGAUCAAGUCGGGUCGUCUCGACCGUCGAUACAAUGGUAUCAUCGAGUGCUUCACUCGUACCGCAAAGAACGAAGGUGUCAUGUCCUUGUGGAGAGGUAACACUGCCAACGUUAUCCGAUACUUCCCUACUCAGGCUCUCAAUUUCGCUUUCCGCGACACCUACAAGUCAAUGUUCGCCUUCAAGAAGGACCGUGAUGGCUACUGGAAGUGGAUGGCUGGUAACUUGGCCUCUGGUGGUGCUGCCGGUGCCACUUCCCUGCUCUUCGUUUACUCCCUCGACUAUGCCCGUACGCGUCUUGCCAACGAUGCCAAAUCUGCCGCCAAGGGUGGUGAACGUCAAUUCAACGGUUUGGUCGAUGUCUACCGCAAGACUUUGGCCUCCGAUGGUAUUGCCGGUCUCUACCGUGGUUUUGGUCCUUCGGUCCUCGGUAUCGUGGUCUACCGCGGUCUCUACUUCGGCAUGUACGACUCCAUCAAGCCUGUUCUCUUGGUCGGUCCUCUCGAGGGUAACUUUUUGGCCUCUUUCUUACUCGGCUGGGGUGUCACCACUGGUGCCGGUAUCGCAUCAUACCCUCUUGACACCAUCCGUCGUCGCAUGAUGAUGACAUCUGGUGAGGCCGUCAAAUACAAGAGCUCCUUCGAUGCCGCCCGACAGAUCAUGGCUGCAGAGGGUAUCCGAUCCUUCUUCAAGGGUGCCGGUGCCAACAUCCUCCGUGGUGUCGCUGGUGCUGGUGUGUUGUCCAUCUACGACCAGGUCCAACUCCUCAUGUUCGGCAAGGCCUUCAAGGGCGGCUCUGGCUAA